AUGUCCCGGCACGUCCUCCUGUCCCGGCUGGCGGAGCAGUUCAAGCCGUCGUCUCCUCCGCCCGCGCACAGGUUUCCGUCCCCCGAGCGCAGUGUGUCGCCUCACACGCCCACCUCGCCGCGCUCGCCGCCGCACUCGCCGGACUCUCUCGCACAGCAUCGGCUUGAUCUACUGCAGCUGGGAGAUAUUGAAAUAGCUGGGCGAGCGCUGAAACAGUACGCGCGCGCUACUGAACUAGGAGCGCUGAUGUACUGCAGCGGCCUGGGCGCCCUGUACGGCGGCGCGGGAGUGUGGCCGCUGCUGCUGCCGCGAGCGUCCCCUCACUUCCCGCACGCGCUCGACCCCGCCAGGCACACGCCGCCUAGAGACGAUGACGAGGAGGAGCUGCCAUUGAAUUUGUCGACUAAGAACCGCCAAAUAUGGUCUCCGGGGAGCGCGUGCGAGCGCGAACAGGACGCGGAGUCGCCGGGCGCGCGCUGGGAGCUGGACGACGGCGACGCGCCGCUCGAGCUGGUCAAGCGCUGCCGCAGCACCCCCGAGCGCGACGACCGCGACCCCGCCGAGCCCCGCCGCUGCCCCUCCGCGCCCCUCCACCAGACCUACCCCCUGCCACCCCCGCCGCAAGACCACUUCUCGCUCCUCAUCAAAAACGAAAACAAAAACGAAAAGUCAUUCCAGUGCAAGCAAUGUGGCAAGUGCUUCAAGCGCUCUAGCACGCUGUCCACGCACCUGCUCAUCCACUCGGACACGCGGCCCUACCCCUGCCAGUACUGCGGCAAGCGGUUCCACCAGAAGUCCGACAUGAAGAAGCACACCUAUAUACACACGGGUGAGAAGCCCCACAAGUGCGUGGUAUGCUCGAAAGCCUUCAGCCAGAGCUCGAAUCUGAUCACGCAUAUGCGCAAGCACACCGGUUACAAGCCUUUUUCGUGCGGCUUGUGCGACAAGGCUUUCCAGCGCAAGGUGGACUUGCGUCGCCACAGGGACUCUCAGCACUCGGACGCGGCCGACGCGCCCCUCACCACCAUACCCCCGCCUCACCGCUACAGAUUUUACGGCGAUGAAUCUGCCCCUCUAACACCCCUGAUCACUAACUGAGCUAACACACUAUCACAAGCUGGUAAAAACAUCCCACAACACUAUGUUGCCAUUUCAGGUUCUUUAUUUUGUGUGCUGUCGUAGAGAAUUUGUAGCAAAUCGAAGAAUGUUAGUAAGCACAUUCUCGCCUAUUCACCAACUUUUUCACAAUAUUUUUAGUAGAGUGCCAUUCAAAAUAGUUUUCACACUUUCACAACCAUUCUUCUCAAGUUAUCAAAUAUUCAUUAUCGAACGGUUGUUACCAGAGUUGAUUAAUAUUUUAGAAAUAUUAAUUAAAAACAGGAGUCGAUAGUCAAGACUAACUUUAAAGUCUAACUUAGUCAUUAAGUAUUUAGAACUUAGGAUACCCUGAAGCGAUAAACGCUGUGUACAAAUAAUAAUUUAAAUUCGUCCAAAGAUAAAAUGGCACAGUUUUCGAUAUUAUGUACCUACAUUUGCAGUGUUUGCUUUAUAGGACAGCUCGAAUUUAACAUGUGAGAAUUGUGAGUCAAAAGUAAAAAACUGAGGUUUUUUAAAUUAAUUCAACUAAGGUUUUUACAAAAGAUUUGAAUAAAAAGUUUUAUCGACAACGAUUUUUUUUGGAAGAGCUAUUGUAAAUAGGUAGAUUACAAAAAACAAAUGUCUAGCCCCAAUACUUAUUACGGCUUGACGAAAAAUACAUAUUCCUACGUUUUAAACUUGCAAUCAUUUGAUUCGUACGGAAUUCGAACUUAAUUAAACAAGUAGUGGAUUGUAUUCCUUCCACUGAAAUGGAGCAGGCCCACUUCUUGUGGAUAUCGAAAAUGAUAAAAAUCGUUAUGUGGACAAUCAUAAUAGGCAUAAAAGACCCGAAGCGGGUUCUCACACAACCAUGUAGGGGCACAAAUUGUAUUGUAAAAUCAAUUCAGUUUUCGAGCUUUACCAAUAUAAAAAUUGGUAAAAUUAAUUUGACAUGAUAUUACAAAGAAAAUUUAAUUCGUAAAAUUACUUAGAUAAUUUACUUACACCAGUAUCAUAAUAAUGUUGUACUAUCCAGUGUGUUGUUUUAAUAUAGUGUGCAGAUAGUUGUAGAUAUUUUUCAGAUAUUAAGUGAUGUUAAUGUGAAAUACUUAAAUCCUUAUGUAAAUACUUGAAUAAUUCUGUUACCUUUUUAGUGCCUUACGAAAUCUGAUUGUAAACAUUAAAUAAGGUACCUAGGUGUGACACCAAUACCUACCUAAGUGUAACUCUAUGACAAAUGCACGUACCUAUAGGUAACUUCUAAAAUUAGACUAAGUCUAUUCAAAUACCUACAUACUAAAGUAAUAUUUGUUUAGGCUUACCAAGUUAUUGUUGUAUAAUAUCAAAUAUUUAUUGGAACCUUUUAAGAAUUCCGCAUAGAAAAUAUGCUACUCACAGCGGCAACGAAAAGUUAUUACCUACGUAUAAAUGUAGUGUAGGUAUUUGAAUAGAAUUUACGUCAGACCUGUUAAUUGUUUAUCCGUCCAAGUGAUACGUCCAUGUAAUGUCAUAUCAAUGCCUAAUAUUUUUAAACAAUUUACCAUUAUUGUAUUUUAAUGAAUGGUGCCUGAAUGAUUGUAGGUAACGAGGCGCCCCAUAGUUGUAAGUAUAGUCUAAUACAAACCAAAGUGAAGUGUCUUAUUAGUCGAGUGUCAAACGCUUUAUUUAUUUAGUUUUGUUAAGAAUUAGUUAUAAUUUAAACAGGACUUGUAAAUUAAUACCUAAACGAUGAAAAAUCCGUACAAAAGACACCUAAUCUGCCUGCUUGCUAUUUAUUCAAAUGCUACACAUAGGUAUUUUUAUUCAGUUUAAUCACGAAGAGAAGAGAAUCACCACAAAAAUGUUUGUUACAGCGCAACUAAAAUAAGAAUAUCUUCUAUAUUUGGAUUCUUUUACCGAACAUAAGUUUUAUUUACUUAUCGAAAGUUCUAAAAUAGUCAAAAUUAAAGUAGAAAUUGUUACCACGUCUAUGUUACGAACACCCGAAUAACCCAAAUGAGGUGUUACCAUUUUAUAUUUAAAUUUUUGAGCCUCUGAAAUAGUAUCUAUACCCCUUCAUGUACAUAAGUAUAAUGUAAAGCGUGACUAAAAGUACAUAAUGUGAGAGUGAACUUACCAUUGUCGUUCUUAAUCAAACGACGCAUUUACCAUGUACUUAGUUGGGUAUUUCAGUUACCGAAGUGUUAAUAUCUGUUAAAGUAAACCGACUUUCAGAUUGAAUUGAAGCACUCACUUCUUUACACACUCUACAUCCAAUCCCCACUGUCUGGAUUAACAAAGAUGACAUAAAUGUACGGUACUGCUAUCUUCUGAGCAUCUUAUAAGUAUUUGUACUUUAUAUCGCAUUUAGAUAGAUUUAAGAACCUUUUCUUUCAACCGUACUACUGUAACAUAUUAAUUGUUUAAUACACAUUAGAGGCUAUGAUUUACAAUUUUCAUGAGACUGCACAUCGAACUUGUAUUUUUGUAGAUGUGAUUGAAUAAUGAAAACUUAAGGAAGUACCUAUACCUUGGCGUAAUUGUAAGAAAAACUUUCUAAAAUGUAUUUAUUAAUAUUAUAAUGUAAUUUGUAUUUAAGGGUGUUUUUAAAUGGAAGCAUAGCGAUUGCAAAAGACGCUUCCUAGCCUACACUUUGUGACUUAGCGGCUAGAACACCAAAGAGUUUUACUACGACUGUUUUAUAUCAUAAGCCUACAGUAUAAUGACUUGGAUCUAAACAACUAUGUUUUUGAGAAUGGACCUUAACGAUAGACGUUAACCAACCACUUAAUUAAACUACUUUGUGGUAAUGCAAAAAACGGUGAAACCGUGUUCAAACUUUUUUUUGUGUAAUGUUGAGUCAAUUUUUGUAAGUUUGAUUAUAAGUUGUAAUUUAUUUAGGCCAGUUUAAUAUACCUACCUACAUAUUUAUGAA